CAUGUCCACUUUUUGUUUUGCUUCUAUUUAUCGUUGAUGACCAAAAAAAAAAAAAAAAAUUCAAUUUGAGUUAAAUCAACUUACUGAUGAAUCGGAUAUUUUGAUUGAAAUAAAAUCUUUAUGAAUUGUUGAACAUCAAUCAUCAUUUGUAAUUUGUCUUGUUUUUUUGUUUGACAUCGACACAUUCGACAUUUGAGAUCAAAUUCUUCAUCUUCAUUUGUGUUCAAAUUAAUUACCAAUUACUAUUUUUUUUAUUGUUGUUUGACACAAUGAUUCACAAUCUUUAUAGCGACAAAAGUUCAAUCUAUUUUGAUGAUGAUUAUGAAGAAUUCGACAAGAUUCACAAGUCACGAUCAUCUUCAUCGUCUUCAUCUUCAUCAAUGACCUUGGCCAAUGAUAGUGGUAGAAGUAGCAGUUCAUCAGCAUCAUCUACAUGUGGUUCAUGUUCAAAUUCCGAUACAGAUGAUUUAGACAUUGUAAUUGAUCCAAUACCCAGCACAGAUGUAUUGAAACAUAUUGUUGAACAAAUUGAACAAUAUUUUACCGAUGAAAAUCUAAUUCAAAAUGAAUUUCUUUGUAAAAAUAUUCGCCGUAAUAAACAAGGUUUUGUUAACAUAUCAUUGAUUGCAUCGUUACGUCGUAUUAAAUCGAUAACGAAAUUUCAUCCAGAACCAAUACGUCUUAUUGCCUAUGCAUUAUAUUAUAUUGGAUCAGAUAGAUUGGAAUUGAAUGAUUUAUGGACCAAAAUUCGUCGUAAAAUACCAUUACCACCGAUUGAUGAUCAGAAUAAAUAUAAUCGAACUGUUGUCGUGAUUGGUGUACCGGCCAUCAAAGCUAAUGUUGAUUUGAUUCAUCAUGAUUUUGCCAUGUUUGGCCUCAUACAUUCUGUUCGAAUUUUCGAUCGUCAUACAUUCUAUCCAAGUCAUGAUAAAUUAUUUAAAGAUAUUCAUCAAAAAUCAUUGUCAAAUAUAGCGGAAGAUCAUUUGAUUGCAUCUGUUGAAUUUAAUUCCAAAUCUGAUGCUGAAAAAUGUUUUCGAUCACAAAGAAUAUUAUCGUUAGAAGAUGAAGAAUGGUCAUCAGUUCGAAUAUAUCUUGCAUCUUGACGAUA